AUGAACUUCCUUCUCUUGCUAUUUUUGGUCUUCUUCGCCCCUUUGCUGCUUUUCGCAGCAUGGCUCGCGGCUUCAUCUUGUUUAGGGAAUGGCUUCCGCCUAGGAGGCUUUUCAGCGCGACCGGGCAUGGCAUAUGGCCAGAGCUACCUCAGAACUAUGGCCAAUUCAGGACCCGCCAUGUCGGAGCAGAUCGAAAUGGAUGAUAUGCUGGCCGAGCCGGGAACUCACCGCCCCUUCGAUGAAGAGGACGAGUAUUAA